AUCGAAUGAAUACGUGAAAAUUCAAGAGAAAACCCCAGCCAGAGGACACCUCUACACCUCGUGUGGGUCAGAGACUCUUGAGACUCAGAUCGAUUUAUCACUGCUUCCGUCUCUGUGGCUCUCUCACUGAGUGAGAGGCCAUCUAACUGUUAAGAGAGAAAUGGGAGAGGCCCGAGGAGGGUGUUGCCCGCCGAUGUAUCUGUUCAGGUCGGAGCCGAUGCAGCUGGUCCAGCUCAUUGUCCCCAUCGAGUCCGCUCACGUCACCGCCUCCUACGUCGGCGACGUUGGCCUCCUCCAAUUCAAAGACCUGAAUGCGGAGAAGAGUCCAUUUCAGCGGACUUAUGCUGCUCAGAUUAAAAAAUGUGGGGAGAUGGCACGUAAAUUACGCUUUUUCAAGGAACAAAUGCUGAAGGCGGGCUUUUGCUCAAAAAAGUCGACAGCACAAGUUGAUAUCAAUUUGGAUGAUUUAGAGGUAAAACUAGGUGAACUUGAGGCAGAGCUGGUGGAAAUAAAUGCAAAUGGUGAGAAGUUGCAACGCGCUUAUAAUGAAUUAGUGGAAUAUAAGCUUGUUUUGGAGAAGGCUGGCGAGUUUUUUCACACAGCUCUCAGCAGUGCCACAGAACAACGGAGGGAGUAUGAAUCCAGCCAGACUCAUGAAGAAUCCUUGGAUGCACCUUUAUUAUUGGAUCAAGAAAUGUCAACUGAUUCAUCCAAGCAAUUUAAGUUGGGCUUCAUCACAGGCCUUGUUCCUAGGGAAAAGUCUAUGGCAUUUGAGAGGAUUAUUUUUCGUGCUACUAGGGGUAAUGUGUUUAUAAGGCAAGUUGUAGUUGAGGACCCUGUUACAGAUCCCGUCACGGGAGAGAAGAUUGAGAAGAAUGUAUUUGUGGUUUUCUACUCCGGAGAAAGAGCAAAGAACAAGAUUCUUAAAAUAUGUGAAGCUUUUGGAGCAAAUCGUUAUCCUUUUAGUGAGGACUUGGGUAAACAAGCUCAAAUGAUCACCGAGGUUUCAGGAAGACUCUCAGAGCUGAAGGCUACUAUAGAUAUUGGGCUGCUGCAACGAAACAAUUUGUUGCAGACUAUUGGCGAUCAUUUUGAGCAGUGGGACAUCUUGGUGAGAAAGGAGAAAUCUAUAUAUCACACCCUGAAUAUGCUUAGUCUUGAUGUGACAAAAAAGUGUCUUGUUGGUGAGGGUUGGAGUCCUGUUUUUGCAACAAAACAGAUCCAGGAUGCAUUGCAGAGGGCAGCGUUUGACUCUAACUCCCAAGUUGGAGCAAUUUUCCAGGUCUUGCAAACCAAGGAGUUACCACCUUCCUAUUUUCGGACAAACAAGUUUACUUCUCCUUUCCAAGAAAUUGUUGAUGCAUAUGGGGUGGCUAAAUAUCAAGAAGCAAAUCCUACUGUAUACACUAUCGUAACAUUUCCAUUUCUUUUUGCUGUCAUGUUUGGUGAUUGGGGGCAUGGACUAUGCCUGUUAUUUGCAACAUUAUUUCUAGUAGCCAGGGAGAGGAGAUAUUCUAGUCAGAAGCUUGGAGACAUUAUGGAAAUGAUGUUCGGUGGUCGUUACUGUAUUUUGAUGAUGGCACUCUUCUCAAUCUAUACAGGCUUGAUCUAUAAUGAAUUCUUCUCUGUCCCAUUUGAGCUUUUUGGCCCUUCAGCCUAUGCUUGCCGUGACCUUUCCUGCGUAGAUGCCACUACGGUGGGCUUGAUUAAGGUGCUCCCCACUUACCCAUUUGGUGUAGAUCCUGCAUGGCACGGUACCCGUAGUGAGCUACCAUUCCUGAACUCUUUGAAGAUGAAGAUGUCAAUCCUUCUUGGGGUAGCUCAGAUGAACCUUGGAAUCAUAUUAAGCUAUUGUAAUGCCAAAUUCUUUCGGAAUAGACUGAAUGUCUGGUUCCAAUUCGUUCCCCAGAUGAUUUUUUUAAACAGUUUGUUUGGCUACUUGUCCAUUCUCAUCCUUGCAAAGUGGUGCACUGGUUCACAAGCUGAUCUAUACCACGUAAUGAUAUACAUGUUCCUUAGUCCCACCGAUGAUCUGGGCGAAAACCAGCUUUUUGCUGGCCAGAAGACGGUGCAGCUUGUAUUACUAUUACUGGCCCUUGUUGCUGUACCCUGGAUGCUACUCCCAAAGCCUUUUCUUUUGAAGAAGCAACACCAAGAUCGGCUCCGAGGCCACUCAUACACACCACUCCAGGACACAGAGGAUGACACCUUUCGGUUGGAGUCAAACCAUGACUCACAUGGUCACGAGGAGUUUGAGUUUAGUGAAGUUUUUGUACACCAACUCAUACAUACUAUAGAAUUUGUGCUUGGAUCAGUUUCGAAUGCAGCUUCUUACCUUCGUCUAUGGGCCCUAAGUCUUGCGCACUCGGAGUUGUCAAGUGUAUUCUAUGAUAAACUUCUCCUACUUGCUUGGGGGUACAACAAUAUAAUAAUCCUUGUAGUGGGCAUCCUCAUCUUUAUUUGCGCCACUGUUGGGGUGCUGCUUGUGAUGGAAACUCUCAGUGCUUUCCUACAUGCAUUGCGACUUCACUGGGUGGAGUUCCAAAACAAAUUCUACGAGGGAGACGGUUGCAAGUUCUAUCCAUUCUCAUUCACAUUGCUUGAUGAUGAAGAUGAAUAAGGCAUUGGAUUAAAUUCUUAUGCUCUGUUGAAAAGAAUAGAGUCGUAGGUAGUUGAUUCUUUCAUUUGAGACACGACGGGAUCGGGUGCAUCUAAAAUGGGGUUUGGAAGUCUUUUGCAGAGAGCACCUCCCAGUCUGGUUGUUUAUUUGUCACUUCAGGAAUAAAUAGCUUAUUUUGAGUGACCUUAAAAUAAACAAGCUUCUAUUUAUAUAUGAUAAUUU